ACGUUGAUGACAACGCUGGCAAUGAUAAUGAUGGUGAAGGCAACUGAUGCUUAAGCAAAGAUAAAAAUAACAACAUUUUACAAACAAUAACAACAACAAGAAAUUAUAUAAAUCAGCAACAACAACCAGCUAAAUUGUUUAAACAACAGUUGGCGUGAAAAACCAACAACAAAAACAACAACGAAAUCCAAAACAAGACCCUGAUCCUAAUGAAAUUGUAAAUUUAUAACGAAAAAUCUUUAACUCUGCUGAAGGCAGCCAACAGGAAACUGAAGGGGUUUGAGUGAAAAUUGUUUUAACAAGUGAAGGGAAAAACCCUUAUCAAAGAUCACACAGGCACACAUAUAAAUAUUUUUACACAUGUGUCAUAGAGCGUGAAAAUCACAAAAACAACAGCAACAACAAAAAGUAUUAAUCAUUUUUUUUUGUUUUAAAAUUUUUUUAAAUUUGUAAAAAAGAAAUACUGUGUGUGAAUUUGUGUAAAACUAGACCAAUUUAUAUCGAUAUAAAUUUUUUCGUUGUCAUCGCCGGAGUUUUUUACAUUCAGUGAUUUAAACAAAAAAAAAAAAAAAAAAAAAAAACAUAAAGUUUAGCUAUAUAAAAAAUAACAAAAUAAUAGAUUAUUUCCUUCUUUUUUUAUAACAAAAAAGAAAAAAUGUAAUGGAAAAAAGUGACGUUUUUAAAAAAUGGAUUUCACCAGCCUUUUUAAGGCUGUAUUGUUCCUGUAUAUUGUCAAAGCUCACCUAUUCAUUGGCAUUAAUGGUUUGGAUUUACAAGGACCAGUGUUUCUUCACGAACCCGCACAUCGUGUUGAAUUCUCAAAUAACUCAGGUGGACUUAUUGAAUGUUCAGGACACGGCAGUCCGCCACCGGAGGUCGAAUGGACUCCCAUACCACCACAACAGGACAUGGUGGUGCAGACAUCCAAUGGCAGCUUAAUGUUUUAUCCAUUUACAGCUGAAAAAUUUCGCCAUGAAGUUCAUUCUAGUGUUUAUAGAUGUAAAUUAAGAAAUCUUGUCGGCACUGUGUUAAGUCGGGAGGUUCAUGUUAAAGGCGUUGUUAACCAAAAAUAUACAGUACAAGUACACGAUGAGUAUGUGAUGGCUGGCAAUACGGCGGUUUUGAAAUGUCAAGUACCAAGUUAUAUGUCAGAAUUUGUUAUGGUCACUGCAUGGGUGCAGGAUACAGGCAUGCAUUUAUAUCCCAAUACCGACAUUGGUGGCAAAUAUACGAUAUUGUCGAAUGGUGAAUUGUAUAUAAAUAAUGCAGGACCAAAUGAUGCGUAUAAAAGUUAUACAUGUCGGACGGUAAAUCGUUUAACAGGUGAGGUACAGGCCUCCACAUAUCCUGGUCGUAUUAUUGUCACCGAACCAAAGGGAAUGGUACAGCCGCGUAUAAAUGUGGAAAAACAUUCAAUGCGUCAUGUUGUGCUUAAUGGUCAGACAACGUUGCCAUGUAUCGCUCAAGGUCAUCCAGUGCCAACAUACAGAUGGUUUAAGGAAGAGAAUGAACAAUUAUUACCAUUGCAAUUAAGUGACCGCAUAACAAUUGUAUCAGCCGGAUUGCUGAAAAUCAGUAAGGCACGUCUCGAUGACACUGGUAAAUAUCUGUGUUGGGUUAAUAACACGGCUGGCGAGGAGACAAUACAAGUCUCAUUAACUGUUACAGCGCCUUUAACAGCCCAUCUUCAGCCACAAGUACAAACAGUAGAUGUUGAUAAAGAUGCACAAUUUCAAUGUAUUGUAACCGGACAUCCGGUGCAUGAUGUAAAUUGGUUACAUGAUGGUAAACCCAUACUAAGAGACAAUCGUGUUGAGAUCCUUUCAGAUCCUCCUCGCCUUAUCAUUAAAAAGGUACAAAAAGAUGAUCCCGGCAUGUAUCAAUGUUUUGUAUCCAACGAAUGGGAACAAAUACAAUCAACGGCUGAACUACAAUUAGGGGAUGCCUCACCAGAAUUACUUUAUUGGUUUUCGGAGCAAACACUACAACCUGGACCAACAGUUUCUUUGAAAUGUGUGGCAACAGGUAAUCCAUUGCCACAAUUUACUUGGACUUUGGACGGAUUUCCGAUUCCAGAUAAUUCACGUUUAGUGGGGCAAUAUGUUACGAUUCAUGAUGAUGUCAUUAGUCAUGUCAAUGUUACCAAUGUCAAGGAAGAAGAUGGUGGAGAGUACACCUGCACAGCUCAGAAUGCUAUUGGCAAAGUAUCCCAUAGUGCCAAAGUUAACAUUUAUGGUUUACCUCAUAUACGUGAAAUGCCUAAAAUUACUGGUAUAUCUGGCCAUGAUUUAAUUGUUAAAUGUCCGGUGGCUGGCUAUCCCAUCGACAAAAUACAUUGGGAGAGAGAUGGCCAAACUUUGCCCAUAAAUCGUCGACAACGAGCUUACAACAAUGGCACUUUAAUCAUAGAACAAUUGCAAAGAUUAGAGGAUGCCGGCACUUAUACGUGUAUGGCACAGAAUAAACAAAAACAAACUUCAAGACGAAAUGUUGAGAUACAAGUACUGGUGCCACCGAAAAUCAUGCCCAUACAAGCCAUGACCAAUAUGUUAAGAGAGGGCAUGCGGGCAGCCAUAUCAUGUCAAAUAUUAGAAGGUGACCUACCGGUCAGUUUUCGAUGGGAACGUAAUGGUAAACCUUUAAUAGGAACUGGCAAUGAAGUCAUCAGACGUUUAGAUGAAUAUUCGGCCAGUUUAGUUAUAGAACAUAUCACUUCCGAACAUUCGGGCAAUUAUACUUGUAUAGCCCAAAAUGUGGCGGGCACUGAACGUUUUAUGGUGCCUUUAUCGGUUAAUGUACCACCUAAAUGGAUAUUAGAACCCAAAGAUGCCAGCGCUCAGGCUGGUGAUGAUGUUUUCCUACACUGCCAAUCAUCGGGUUAUCCAAAACCCACCAUAACCUGGAAAAAGGCCAUCGGGCCGACACCCGGUGAAUAUAAGGACUUUAUCUACGAACCCACCGUACAACUAUUUGCUAAUGGCACCAUACAUUUUAAGAAAAUUAGCAAAGAAUCUCAGGGUCAUUUUUUGUGUGAGGCCAAGAAUAAUAUCGGUUCUGGUGUGAGUAAGGUGAUAUUUUUAAAAGUUAAUGUUCCCGCUCACUUCCAAACGAAAUCGAAACAAAUUUCUGUUGCUAAGGGCAAACAAGUUCACAUACAAUGCAACGUUCAAGGCGACAAUCCAAUUGAUAUUCAAUGGAAAUUGCAAGCAACACAACAGACUAUUGAUGAAUCAAUGGAUACAAGAUACACAAUACGUGAUCAGAUACUUGAUGAUGGCAUGGUAUCUGAAUUAGGUAUUACACAUACAUAUCGUCAGGAUACUGGCAUUUAUAUUUGUCAUGCUACAAAUACAUUUGGAGAGGACGAAAUGACGAUACAAUUAAUUGUACAGGAAGUACCAGAACAACCGAAGAAUUUGCGCAUCAAUUCGCAACAAUCACGGAGUUUACAAUUGACUUGGAGUCAGCCGUUUGCUGGCAAUAGCCCAAUCGAAGAGUAUCAUAUAUUUUAUAAGCAAAUAACAGAUAUUUGGCAAAAUGCCGAACACAUAACCAUCACCGGUUCACAGACAGUUGUCAACAUAGCCAACUUGAAACCUGCCAAAGCAUAUCAUAUACGUAUGUCAGCUGAAAAUAAAUUGGGUUCAUCGGAAUUCUCUGAAGUUGUACAGGUCACCACACUAGAGGAAGUACCCUCCGCACCACCCCUCAAUGUGAGAGCGGAAGCAAAAAGUUCAACGGAGAUUGCUGUUUCCUGGGAUGCACCAGACCGUGACCACUGGAAUGGCAUACUGUUGGGCUACUACGUGGGCUAUCAAAUGUCUUUAACGCCCGAGGAUAUGGAAAUCAAUCCCACACUGGGUUUUAGUUUCAAAACCGUUGAAGUACGUUCACACUAUGGCGGUGAGACUGUUUUAAAUAAUCUCAAUAAAUACACCGAAUACCAUGUGAUUGUGCAGGCCUAUACGAGUCAGGGUAGUGGGCCACCUAGUAAGGAAAUUGCUGUACAAACAUUAGAAGAUGUGCCAUCUUCACCACCUGAAAGUCCACAAUGUGAUGUUUUAGGUUCAACAUCCAUUUAUAUAACAUGGUCACCACCCGAUAUUGAUGGACAAAAUGGUAAAAUUAAAGGCUAUAAAAUAUUUUACAUAUCAACAGAAGACUUGUAUGAAAAAGAUCCUGAGGUUGUGAAAUCCAAUAAUCAGUAUGCUACUAUUGAAAAUCUAAACAAGUACACCAACUAUACGGUAUGGGUGGUGGCCUAUACGAAAGUGGGAGAUGGUGUUAAAACCAAACCAUUCUAUUGUCGAACAAAUGAGGAUGUACCCUCAGCACCACAUGCUAUUAAAGCGAUACCAGCUUCAAGUACAAAAAUUAUCAUAUCCUGGUUGCCGCCUGAAUAUCCAAAUGGUGAUAUAACCGGUUACACUUUUUACAUGUCCAUGCUGGAGGGUGGUAGAGAAGAGGGUACUCAUAAACGUAUUCUGGGUCCGUAUGUGGAAAUGCAUGAGACACAACGCACCCAGGAAUCGGCCACUUAUCAAUUUUGGCUAACCGCCUCUACUAAAGUGGGGGAGGGUGAAAAAACGGAUGUCGUUACAGUGCCACCAAAUAAUAAAGUACCUGCUCGUAUUGUGUCAUUUAGCCAGAGGGUCAUAACACCUUGGAAAGAAAACUUAGAGUUAACAUGUCGUAAAGUGGGCUCUCCGGCUCCGGUAACAAUAUGGCGUUUAGAUGGCCAUAAUCUAGAAACAAAUGCCCGCAAAACUAUUGCCAAAAAUGGCACACUCUACAUACGUGAAACUCAGGCCACUGAUGCGGGCAAUUAUACUUGCAGUGUAGAGAAUACCUGGGGUAAAGAUGAAAUUAUUUACAGUGUUGUGGUCAAAGUGCCACCAGAAGCUCCUAAUCUUACCGUAGUCACCGCCUACUCGGAUAGUUUGCUAUUAGAAUGGUCUGAUAACAAUAAUGGCGGUAGUCCUAUAUUGGGCUAUGUCAUUAACUAUAAACGCGAUAAUGGUGAUUGGGAAGAAUUACAAGUCGAUGCUAAGUCCUAUUCACAUUUAUUGAGUAAUCUUUGGUGUGGCACACGCUAUCAAUUGUAUAUAACGGCCUAUAAUAAAAUUGGCACCGGUUUACCUUGUGACAUUGUCAAUACCCAUACGAAGGGUAAUCCUCCCGUACAGCCUAAACAUUCCCAAAUGAUUACGAAUAAUUCUACUAGUGUUACCUGUUGGCUGGAUUCAUGGGGUGAUGGUGGUUGUGGUAUUUUAUAUUUUAUGAUUGAAUCGAGAAUCUAUGGACGAUCAACUUGGACUGUUGUCUCGAGUCAUAUACCACCGACAGAACGUAUAUAUACGGUUAGUGAUUUAGUACCUGGUACUAAGUAUCAACUUAGAGUAACAGCGCACAAUAAUGCCGGCUCUACAACAGCGGUAUAUAAUUUUACUACUUUAUCACCCCAGGGAGUUAUUUAUAAUACCGAUUCGAAUGCUAUGUCUCCCAUGACCGAUAGCCCCUUCUAUGCCAAUAUCAAAGUAUUACUGCCGGUGUGUUUGUCGUUAAUCAUGUUACUUGGCCUAUUAGGGGCUGUAUUUGUUAUAAGAAGAAAGAAAAUGAGUAACAAUCAAUCACGUUUGGCCUCCUCGUCCAUGUCGGAAACACCUUCACUUACCCAGCUGCAAAAUAAACAAAAUCGUGAUCAACAAUAUCUGGCAGUAAGAUGUAAUCCAAAUGUAGGACCACCAAGAGGGUCCAAUUCCAAUGAUUCGGGAAGCUUUGGGAAAGCAGAAAGUAAUGAAUACAUAGAGGAUAUAUGUCCCUAUGCCACCUUUCAACUAAAUAAACAACCCUACAGUGAAAGUUCUUACAGUGGUAAUGUAUACAGUGGUCCCUAUCAUUCGGUAAGAGGAUCAUUUGUAUAUCAUGAUGUAAAACCGGAAAGUUAUCAUUCCAAAGAACCUGAAUAUACUAAAGUGCGGCGAAAGGUGGGCCGUUUAAGGGAUCCUCAUUCAGAAAGUCAAGAAUAUGACACACUCGGCUCUGAAUCGGAUAAUGAUGUAUCUGCACGAGCUAUGAACUCGGCUAAAUAUAGACCACAAAGAGAGACCCAAGAUGAAUCAUCUUCUUCUUCGGAUGCCACACCCACUAGCAUGUCACGCAAAUCUAAACCACCUUAUAGUAAUCGUAAAACAGCUAAAACUGGCACUACCAGCAAAAGACACAUACGUUCAUCGAGUGGUUACUCGAGUAAUCAUGAUGAAACUACAUUUAGCAUUGCCAACUUUCCACCCAACUAUCAAGAUCACAUAAAUCCUCCCGCUCGUUUUUCCGAUGAAAAAUCAAAAGCCCAAACUUCGCCACGCAUACGUGCCAAUUCCAAAUUACAAAGAGAAACAUUUCAAAUAAAUGUUUAGGACUUAAAGAAUGAACCAGAUAAAUUACCCCUACAAAAACUAUAAUUCAGUUAAACAUUUUGUAAAUUCUAGAACAUAAAGAAAACGAAAAAAAAAAAUGUUAAACAAUUUAGAUUUAAAAUGUUUUGUAUAUAGAAAUUAACUGGAAAAAACUAAGAAAUUUUCCGAACUAAAUGCUGAUCUUAAGGGUUCUAUAAGAAAUCGAAAGCAUUUAAAAUAAGACAACAGCAAAAAAUCUAUAACAAACAGCCCGUUUGGAACUAUAGAUAAAUUUAUAGUCUGGACUAUAUAUAUCAAUCUUAAGUAUAGAUCCAUGCAUAGUGCGAACUAUAAAUCUAUCCAUUAUGUAGACUAUAGAAAAAAACUGCAGUCUGGGAUAUAGAACAAUCAUUUGUCGGCACAAUAGAUCAAUAUAUAGUCUGGAAUAUAUAUUCAAGUUUCUAUAAUUUUCUAUAGAAUACACUCUUCUAUAGACACGAGUCUUCUAUAGACAAGUGUCUAUAGAAGACACUCUUCUAUAGAAAAUGUCUCUAGAAGGCACUCUUCUAUAGAAAAGUCUCUAUAGAAAACACUCUUCUAAAGGAAAGAGAAACUCUUCUAUAGACGAGCGUCUAAAGAGGACACUCUUCUAUAGACAAGUGUCUAAAAAAGACAUUCUUCUAUAGAAAAGUUUUUAUAUAUGAUAUUCUUCUAUAGACAAGAGUCUACAGAGGACACUCUUCUAGAGACAAUUGUCUACAGAAAUCACUCUUCUAUAGACAGUUGUCCUCGGAAGAAACUCUUCUAUAGACAAGUGUCUACGGAGCACGGUCUUCUAUAGACAAGUGUCUACAGUAAGUGUCUAUAUAAGACAUUCUUCUACAGACAAUAUCCUAUAGAAGACACUCUUCUAUCGAUAAGCGUCUAUAGGAGACACUUUUCUAUAGGCCAGUGUCUAUAGGAGACACUCUUCUAUAGGCUAGUGUCUAUAAAAUACACUCUUCUAUAGACAAGUGUCUAAAGAGGAGAUUAUUCUAUAGAAGAGUGUAUAGACGCUUGUCUCUAAAAGAGUAUAUUCUAUAGACAAGUGUCUAUAGGAGACACUCUUCUAUAGACAAGCGUCUAAAGAAGAAACUCUUCUAUA